AUGGACAAGGCAUAUGGACCCCCUCUCGUUACUCUUCUCUCUUCUCUCUUCUGUUUCUUCCUUCUUCCUCUCCGCGUUUUGGAGGCUUGGUAUCAAGGUUUCCGCUGCCCGCCACGACCGCGCCGCGGAUACGAAAUCGUCAGCACUCGCGGCUACUGCCACGGUAUUGAGUUUGUCCAGUGGGUUUCUGGCGACUCGGCAUGGGGGUACACUGCUUCGACCUCGUCAUCAGACGUAGAUGGAUGCUUCGACGACGACACGACGUUGAUUUUGGCAUCCAAUAGAGCCACGCGCUACGGCCACACGCACAUCGGCACGUGA